AAUACAACAUUCCUAUCCUCCUUAAUCCCAUCUAUCUAUUUCUUAUUCUCGUUAUCUGACAAGUACCCGUAGUUGCGCUAUUUUUAGUUUUAUCCUCAAAUAGUACGUACCUAGUAGGUAAACGUUAAUUUUCGUCUCGGGUGGGCGACGAAAACACGCAACUGUACAUCCACACAUCAUGAUUAUAGAGAGGGAGAGGAGGCAGGAAUUGAGUCCAGAGGUCUAUGUCUGUUGAAUCAUAGAGAUUUAUGUUAUAAAGUUCCAGAGUCCACGCCGAAUAUAGAUAGCCAUCUACCCUCUCUCAUCAUGUUGCUCAACUAAAGGCUUCAACAUCUUCCAAGACAACCAUACCCAACCAUACCACUUACAUACGGAGCCGCCUUUUUGCCUGUAGUUUUUAUAUCUCUUUUACCUCUUCUUCUUCCUCCUCCUCCUUCAUCUUCAAGAAAUCAUAGGGUAACGGGGCUUCGGCAAUGCGCACCCUCCGAGCCAUCCUGCCUCCGUUGAAUUUUAUCACGCUUCACUAUGCCUACUUCAUUAUCGUCCCCCUAGCCUCGUCACUUAUAUUCUGGGGUUCCUCGGACCCCAAGUUCAGCAUUUCUUAUGUUGACAGCUUAUUUUUGGUCACCUCUGCCAUGACAGAGGCUGGCUUGAACACUGUGAACCUAAGUCAGAUGACCACUUGGCAGCAAGUUCUCCUCUGGCUUCUGAUCAUCAUCGGGAGCUCUAUAUGGGUUUCAAUCUGGACUGUCCUGGUAAGGAAGCAUGCCUUCGAGGCGCGCUUUGAAGAGAUCGUGCGUAAGGAGCGGAAGCGUCGUCUUGAGAGACGGAACGCGAGCUUGACCCUUCUCCCUAUUGCCCACAGGCUUAGGACUUUGGGUAGAAGUAGCAGGACGAUGCCAGAGAGCGGCAGCACGGUUUCUCCUUGGGAACAACGCCCCGCUACGAGCCAUCCUGUCAUAUCUCAACCCAGCGACAGAAGACUUCUCUCCCCCGUUGUUCCUCUGCCAAAGGAGGCUGGCAUACAUGAUAUUACGAUGUUCGAAUCGCAGUCUGUCUCCUAUACCAAUGGACCUAUUUCCCAGCGCCGUAGCUUGCCCCCAACAGAAUACGUUAUGCCAAGUUCCACCGCUGCAGACCCCGAAAGGGGCAACCCGACAGUGGCAAGCAAUAUUGAGCAUGUGGCAUUCGUUGAUGAUGUUGGCGCUAGGGCUCGAUCUACAUCUAUUGCACCCAGCGGCACUACGGCUCGUAGACAUUUUUCAACUACCGACACGGUCGUCGACCGCCACAGCUACUUGAGAGCGCAUAAAAUCGGGCGCAACAGCCAGUUUCAUGACUUGACAAGCGAGGAACGCGAGGAGCUUGGCGGUACCGAGUAUCGAGCCCUCAAACUUCUCGCCAUUGUCGUCCCAGUCUAUUUUUUCUCUUGGCAAAUUUUCGGAUGCAUCUCACUCGGUGCUUGGAUAGCAAAUAAUCUGCCGCAGCCCGCCGAAAAUAAUGGAAUCUCGCCUUGGUGGAAUGGCAUCUUCAAUGGUGUCUCUGCUUUUAACAAUAGCGGCAUGAGCGUGUUAGAUUUGAACAUGAUCCCCUACGGAAGCUCGUAUUUUGUGCUUAUUGUCAUGGCAGUAAUGAUCCUCGCUGGAAACACAGCCUAUCCUGUGUUCUUAAGGUUAGCCCUGUGGUGCAGUUUGAAAAUCCUGGAGCUAGUGACAUAUCAAGAAGACUUAGUAGAGUGGAAAGAGACACUUGAAUAUAUCCUCAAAUAUCCUCGACGUGUCUAUACGAACCUAUUCCCGCCGCGACAAACAUACUGGCUCGUUUUUAUGCUCUUUGUGCUUAAUGGCACCGACUGGGUGGCAUUUGAAGUACUUAACCUUGGAAACUCUGCUCUCGAGCAAACCCCUCUCGGCUCUCGCAUUAUCGAUGGGCUCUUUCAAGCAAUUGCCGUUCGCUCAGGGGGGUUUUAUGUAGUAUCGAUCCCAACACUAUUUAUCGGCCUACAGGUGCUUUAUGUGGUCAUGAUGUAUAUCUCGGUAUAUCCAGUAGUGAUUACGAUGCGGCAUUCAAAUGUCUAUGAGGAACGAUCACUAGGAAUAUAUGAAGACGAUCCCAAUUAUCGUAACGCCCUCGCUCGUCCUAUCUCUCAUGGCCAGCCAGGAAGCAAGGCUCAGUCUCUGAGUAGGGUGAUCCGUCUCGCAUUUGCCGAAUGGUACGGGGUUGGAGCGGCACUAGAUCAACGAGAAGAGAGCCGGAUUAGCUUCAUCGGCCAUCAAAUUCGCGGACAGCUCUCGCAUGACUUGUGGUGGCUGGUCUUGGCCGUCCUGCUUAUUGUUAUUAUCGAGACGAAGCACUUCAUGGAGGACCCAGUCACGUUUUCGGUAUUUAACGUCGUGUUCGAAGUGGUAUCUGCGUAUGGAUGCGUCGGUAUUAGUAUUGGACUGCCGACAGAAGCGUAUAGUUUUAGCGGUGGACUCUACCCGGGAAGCAAGUUGGUCCUCUGUGCUGUUAUGGUAAGAGGACGGCACCGAGGAUUGCCGGUUGCACUUGAUCGUGCUGUCCGACUUCCUAGUGAUGACAUGCAUAGAGUCGAGGAGGAAGAUCACCAAAUACGUCAGUCGAUGUCAGCAAGAAGACCAAGUGUGGACGAUAUGAGCAUCACAUGAUUAAUGACUAACACUUGCCAAGGGGAGAAACGGAUUUAUGACCUCUAAUGUUUUUUCUUCUUUUCCCUACAGAAGCUAUCCUAUCAUAUAAAGCACAGUAUUAGAUAUCAUCUUUGGCAUUCGAACAAACUAGCCAAAGUAGAUCUUUGAGGAACUUUUGUCAAGACAACUGGCCUGUCUCCGGGAUGUGCAUUCUUAUGGAGAGCGUUACGAAUCCAUGAACAGGUAACCACCUACUUAGGUAUUUAGGUAGCUAAAAUAGUAGUAUAGGAUGGAUCAGAUCUACCUAGUAUCCCUCCAAGAUACUUAGUGUCGUUAUUAUAGAUUUCCCAUCUGCGCAUGUAGUAGUACAUUAGGUAUUACAUAAUAUGUAAUAAUUCGUACAGCCGAC